CAGUAUGUUAUAUAACGCGAUGCGCAGUAGCUCGUAUCAGCCAUGAGCCUCAUUCUUUCUGUGAUACUCCAUUUCUAAACAAUAUAAACCGCUAGAUUCUAUAAUAGAAAAUAUACAUCUAAAACUUCGUGUUUCCUCAUUCUUAUAUCUGUCUUAUUGAUAAUGCACAAGUACGAUAAACCUUGUAUUAGUCACAUCGAAAGAGAUAUUUGGAAGUGACACUUUCAAGAAAGUGAUAUCAGUUGAUCUAUAUAUCCUGGAGAUAUAAUUCCUUUAACGUUCUCAUGGUGGGGCACGUCGAUACGAAAUAUCUCGAUGUUCCCAAGUUCCUACAUCGGUCGUGCAGCCAUCAUGCUGUAUGUAUGUCAACUCGAUCGCGGAGCGAGACUGAGAAGUCUGUCCCGACUGACCAGUGUACUGCGAUAGAAACAUGGCAUCGUUGAACAUUUUUAACAUUGAAUUUAACCGGCCGGAUGCUGUUUACAUGCCCGGCGAAAUCGUCAGCGGCUGCGUCACCAUCAAUCUGGCAAGGGAAAAAAUUGCUGAAGCACUAAAAUUAUCAGCUAGGGGGGAAGCUGACGUCAGAUGGACUAAGAAAACGAGAAAUCACUCUACUACUUAUAGGGGGAAUGAAAAGUAUUUUAGUUUAACCAUCAUGCUGUUAGAGAGAUUAGAAGAGGACAAAAAAGUACACAUCCCUGCAGGAUUGAGUAAAUAUCCUUUUCAUAUCCAACUACCACAUGACAUACCAUGCAGCUUCGAACAGCACUACGGUCAUAUCAGAUACACGAUAAAGGCGGUCAUUGUUAGAUCGUGGCGGUUCAAUCACGAGUGCAAAGCUGUGUUCACCAUAAUUUCACAUUACGACUUGAACAUUCGUCGUGAGCAAUGUAUCGGCAUACACGAUGAAAUAAACCAGGCUUUCUCUUGCUGCCUCUGCUGCGUCAGCGAUGGUUCGAUAAAUAUGCAUGUUAAAUUACCGACGACAGGAUUCGUUCCGGGACAAUGGAUCGAGGCAGGUUUCGAUUUAAAGGAUAAUACCAGCACUGAAUUCAAUAAAAUCUGCUUGAAACUACAGCAAUCCUGCGAGUUUCGCGCGACUAGGUCCACUAGGCACGACAAAACAACUGUGGCAUCUGUGCAAAAACUAGGACCGUUCGGUAAACGCGCUGUUUUCGUAUUACGUUUACUUAUCCCCUCGGUACCACCUUCGGAACUGGAAUUCUGCGGUAUCAUUGACCUAAAAUAUAUUCUACGUGUCGUCUUCCACGGUGAAAUGUAUCGCAAGAUCGUCAAAGAGUAUCCGAUUGUAAUUGGAACAAUACCACUGCUGCCUGUGCCAUCGGCGCCUGAAGCCCCGUCUUGUUCACAUGGAUCUACAUCUCAGUCUACAUCGAAAAACGGAGACAUGACUGCAGAAUCUGACAUCGUAUCUUAUCCAAGUUCACCGUUGACGAACGAAUUUCUUAAUGCUCCUCCAUCGUAUGAAGAAUCCUGUACGAACAGAGCAUCUUGCAUCAAAGAUCACACGGAAUCUGUAUACGUGUAUGGCGCUGACCAACCCUUUGCACCUAAAUAUCCAGUCUUCAAAUUCCCUAUUUCAGAUCCGCUUGAGAAAUAGGAAGGUCAUCUAAGCUGAUAAUUACACAUACAUCGAACUAAAAAUAUUUCCUAUCGUUUUAAAUUAUCUUUGUAUAAUUUAAACCGUUUUAAUCUGUAACCGAAAAAAUGUUCCGAAAAAUAAAAAUGGCAAAAGCUGAAAACAAUGGA